ACAAACAGAUGCAGAGCCAUCCACUGUCUAGGAACGAAUGGAACAUCAGUGUGAGGAGGAACUGAACAGCGCAGUGUUCGUGCCAGGCCGGAAGCCGUUUUGCUGCGCACUUCAGCUAAAGCAGCGUGUUACUGUGAGCCCCGGAAGUUGUGUGGACACAGGGCUGGCUGCACGCUUUUACAUUUCGUGGCUACGAGUUAACCGGACCGGAGUGCCAACAUGUCUGCAUCUUUCAGAAAAGCACUUAAGUCCAAGCAAAAAAAACACCAAGAGCGGUCCCAGCCUGGCUUCAGAAAAAAUUUGGGACUCUUGGAAAAGAAGAAAGAUUAUAAGCUUCGAGCUGAAGACUAUCGGAAGAAAAGAAAUACACUCAAUGCCUUGCGUAAGAAAGCACUCGAGAAGAAUCCAGAUGAAUUCUAUUUUAAAAUGACAUCAUCAAAACUCCAGGAUGGCAUCCAUGUGAUAAAACAGCAGACAGAAGAAACUACAGAUGAACAGUUAAAGGUGAUGAGGACACAAGACUUAAAGUAUGUGGAAAUGAAGAGAGUUUCAGAAGCCAAGAAAAUAGAACGUCUGAAAUCUGAGCUACACCUCCUGGAUGCUGAAGGAAGUCAGAAAAACAAACAUACAUUCUUCUGUGACACCAAGAAAGAAGUACAGAAAUUUGACUUGGCUACACAUCUGAACACCGCACCGGAGUUGGUUAAUAGAGUGUACAAUAGACCUACCAUAGACACAUUAAAAAAGAAGACCAUAAUAGGAGCUGCUCAUGCUGGACAAUUAAAGAAACUGAGGAAACAAAGAAAACAACAGUAUGAAAUCCUGAAUCAGCGAAUUGAGCGAGAGAAGAAACUGUUUGUCAUCUCUCAGAAAAUCCAAACACGCAAAGAUCUUCUGGACAAAAGACAGAAGGUGAAGGUAAAGAAAGAAACUGUGGAUUCCCCAGCCAUUUAUAAGUUUAAAAUGGAGCGCAAAAGAUAAUAGCAGCAGGGAAAACCACUGAUCAUCUCCAUUGUCGAAGCCACUUGAAAUGAAUUGUUUUAUUUUGCCGUACUGUCUUCACACCCCUCUGUCUAUCAGCUGCCUAGUAAAAACGCAAGGACUUCUAACAACCUGCAUUCCUACAAUGGAGAUUAAAAAACAAAACAAAAAAAACUGUUUAAAAAA